CCACAAACACCGAGGCUCCGGCGCCGCGUGAAGUGGCCUUUUUAUCAGGGAGUUGGCGGCGGUUUGUUUUGCUGCAGACUCUCGGAGGGUGAGGCUCCUGUCGUCAUUCAGCUGCCGCCUUCUCCAUCAAAGGAGCAGCAUCUCGGGCCCCGGCCUCGCCUUUCAGCCACACCCCGCUUCCCCCCUCCCUCACUCCGGGGUAGGGGAGGAUGUCCGAGCCGCUGCCUCCCGGGGCCGGUGGAGGGGAUGAGUCGGAGGCCGAGCUGUCCCAGAGCCUGGCCCGGACCAAGACGCGCUCAUACGGCAGCACGGCGAGUGUGGCGGCCCCGCUGGCCGAGAAAUACAUCCAGCACCCGGUCAGCCCGAGCGACACCCUCCGAGGCCUCGCCCUGCGCUAUGGAGUAACGAUGGAGCAAAUAAAAAGGGCAAAUAAACUCUUCACAAGUGAUUGCAUAUUCCUCAGAAAAACCCUUCUUAUUCCAGUCAUAUCUGACAAAGGGUUACUAUUUAAUGGACUGAACUCAUUGGAAUCUCCUGAGAAUGAAUCAUACACUUUGUGUGAAGAAAGGCCGCUGAAUAUAGAAGAAGAAAGCUCGACAUCUCCGAGUCCAGAGGAUAUUGAAAAUAGACCCAUUCACCCUGAGGAACUGUCUGCCAAAGACUUCUUGCAGAGACUGGACUUGCAGAUUAAACUGUCAACGCAAGCAGCUACUAAGACAAUACAGGAGGAUGAUAAUGGAACCGGUGACGCAGCAUACAAAGAUUAUUCCUAUGCAGAAUCCUCCUACCAGAGUCAUCAUUGAAUACAGACCAGAAUCCAGACUGUCUGGGCGGCCAGUGAUAACAAUGUUGUUCCACGUAGUUGUCAGAGUUGGAGACUUUGGCUUCUGAGGCACAUACUGUGUGAUCUGUAGGUUUCUGGGGGAGGGGGAAAUUCGCUUUACCUUUUGCUUCAAUCUAUGUGGCGGAUUGCAUACCUUAGCAGGGUACUGGAACAUGGUAAAAGGGAAAGGCAGCGUUUUAACUUGAACAUUUUCAGUGUGCAGUGUGAGCUGCUGUUAAUUUUGUGGUACCUUGUGCUUUCUCUCCCCCUUGUUCUAUACUACAACAGCAAAAUUUCUGUUGGUUUGCAGUGUGUGCUUAUUUGCUGCAGUCCUGAUCCAGAAGACCUACUGUGAUAUGGGAUUGAAAUUAACUGUAAAGCAAUUGCAACUCUGUAGUCCCUUCUACAUCUUGCAUGAGUUAACUGUUGUGCUUUCCUACUGUUCGCCACUCGAGUAGGUUUGGGCAGGGAUGAGUAUAAUUGCUUGGAGACUCGGCUGUGCAGAAGUUAAUUAAAUUCAAACUAAAUGUGACCUUGGCUUAUGAUUUUGUGCAAAAUGAGACUGGAGAGUAAUCACACAUUUAUCGAAUUGCCCAGAAGUCCUAGUCACGUAUGAUUAUGCAGUAGUUUUAUACAUAAUAACUGGGAUGAAGAGGUCACUUGUUCAUAAUCUCCAAAUUGAAACCAAAGGCAAUCUAGAGUACCUUUCAUUCUAAGCAACAGUCUCAAUUUCGGGUGAAGAUAGUGGGGUAAUUGCAGGAUUUCAUCCUUUUAAAAAGUGUAACAACAUCAUGUUUAUGAAGCAGAACCUAAUAUGCAGGGACAGGAAUGUUAAGCAUUUACUUUCAAGGUGAUCAGUCUAAACGCAACUAGAAGUGUUUCAUCAAUACAGCUAACUUAUUGCACUGUUAAGGUAUAGCAUGGGCAAAAUCAUACAGUCAUAGAACUGAACCCCGUUUAUUAGAGGGGAGUUGUGGCUAUUUUGAAUAUGGAACUGGCUGAUUGAGUAAAGGAAAUUUAUGUUAACGGUAGGGAGUUGUUAGGGAUAAAUAAUUAGUCUUACCAUUGCAGUGGUGAGAGUGAUAUGAUUUCACGUUGUUGUUUUGUACCACCAUUUCAGUAUUUUAUGAGCAAUGCAGCUAUUUGCUUGAAUUCCAGAAAGUGGCUGUUAUUUUUGAUCACUCUAAUCCACAAGACUGAAUGUUAAACUGGUGUAGACCGAUUCUAAUGUCUCCCCAGAAAAUCAGGUUUCCCAUAAUCUUCAGGCUCUGAUUGACAAGUACAGUAUGCUGUGCCCCAUUCUACCUUCUGUUUUUAUGCUCAUGUGUUUGUUUUUAAUUACUGAAAAUAAGUUUGUUGCACUGAUUAAGGAACUAUUCUUCUUUUGAGGUGAGGAGGAAGGAAAACACAUGUUUUUCUUUGUUCCUGUGUGGUGGCCUAGCUUUAGACUGUAUCACCAAAGCUGUGACCACAGCUUGGCGCCAGGUGAAUAUAGUAUGUUGGAACAGAAAGAAACUGAACAGCACAUCUUGCAUUUCAAUUAACCAGCUCCUUCAGCACCUGAGCACUAAAUCCUAAUGCAGAUACAUUCUUUUUUAAAUAAAACCAGUUGGAUUCUGCAGCCAUUAAAAUGGUGAUGCUGACUAGUUUUAUAUAUUAUGAUGUCUGAACUGGAGAGGCAUAUUAAACAGUGUAAGCCACACUUUCUCAAACUUAGGUAAUAUCUGUUUAGAAUCUGAUUGUACCAAAGAGAUUGAGUGCAGUUCUUUCCCUGGAGGAGAUUGUGACAAUGUGCCUAACUCUGUAUGUUCUUCAAUUUAGACUACCCAGGUAUUUAUGAUCAAUUACUCAGUGAUUCCUUAAUUUAGAGUUACACCUUAUAAACUGAUUUAAAACCACAAUGCCCUUUUUAAAGCUCAUCUACAUAAGUUUUUAUUAUUUUUUUCCUGAUUCUUCUAAUUUCUAGUUGCCUUUUUUAAAACUAGUGCAACUAGUUGGUGCUUGUUUUAUAAGGUAAUGUACUUCUGACAGUCAACAACAAAUAGUCAGAUUUUGCAUGCUCUUCCCAUUAUCCACAUAAUUGUUGAGAUGCUGUGAUAGAGCUCACAUCACCAAAAAAGAUUGUCAUGAUAUCACCUCGUAAUCCAGGUUUACUUCUCUUAGCCGCAGCCUGCAUUUGACUUUAUUUUCCUUGUUUUAUUUUGACAGCUGUCAGUCUUUUAUUUAAAAAAAAACAUAGUUACUGCAAUAAGUGCUAAGAAAAUGGAGAAAUAUUCAGGUCUUGGAUUUCAAACAAAGCAGUAGCUGCACAAUAGGAACCAGUUUCAAGGAGAGUCAAUCUGCAGAGCUGGUGGUUGUCAUCAAGCUGUGAACAACUGUGGAUAUUUGCUAAGGUCCCUUCACACCCAAUUUGUUCACUCUGAUUGAUUGAACAUUUUGAGUGGUGGAGCUGUUUGCUGUGCUCUUCACUACGUGAGAUUUUCAGUCACUGCUGAAUGCAGAGUGGGAGACAUUACUCAGCAGUGACAAGGAUCUGCCUUGAAUGCAUUCAGACAGAUCCUUGCAGUGGUAAUUUCAGUUCUGAAUAUUUGUUUUGUAUCGCUUAUACAUAAAUAUUAGAACAUAUUUUGAUGACGGUUCGAACGUUAAAAUGGAAAAACAGUACAUAUAUUGUGAGAGGAAUAUCCAGAGUACUUCACUUUGCUUUGCCUUUUAUAUAUCAAACAAUUAACCUAGCGAUAUCUAUUUCACUGCUGUGAGCCAUAAAAGGGAGGCAAUUUAUCUUUCAGACAAUUUUAAGUAUAGUUAAUGGGGAUUGUCUAAAAUGCUUAAUAGAAAUAGAAGCAAAAAGAAAACCCAUAGAUGCUGAAAGUCAAAUUAAAACAAAACAUUUUAGAAAUAUACAAAUGGAUGAUCAUCUGAGGGAGUGAAGUUAACAUUUCAUUGGGGCUAUUAAUCAGCAACUGGAGGUAUAUUGAGUACUUAUUGAUUUGUGUUAUUGUUUUUCCAUGUAGUAGCAUUGCACAUCAAAACUAUUGUUUGCCACAAGUAUUUUUUUUCCUUUAUUUUCAGGUAUUUAAAUGUAUAACAGUUUUGCUGUGUGCUUUCAGUUCUGAUCAAUCCUGUUUUAUUUCUCCAAAUAAUCUUUUUUAUUUAUAAAGAUGCUGUUAAGGAAAUAUUAAAGGUAUCCAACUGCUGGACAAAUCUUCAAGAUUUUUAAAAUUCAGUAUUAAAAUGUCAUUUUAACCAAUAAUUUUAUCUGAAAAUGAUCUUUGUCCAAAAAUUUCCAUGAUUGUUAACAACAUAAUGCGACAAUAUUGUAGAUUACUGAUGGUUAUUUUAAACUUUGUCUCAAGAGCACAUCUUUCUUACAAUCAUGUUAUAAAAUUGAAGAAUUCACAACAUAUUUCCUCCCUGGAUUCUUAAAUAUUAAUUUCUCCAAGUCUCAGCCUCUCCUCUUUUUAAUCAGGCAUCCACAGAAGAAAUGUUUGAUUUUCACCAUAAUACAUUGUCAACUCCAGAGUUAAUAUCCAUACAGAUUGUGAAAAAAAAAGGUUUGAUCAUCUGAAAAUCUGCACUGUUCCAAACCAAACUGUUUUAGAACUGUAAUGAUCUUCACAUUUGCUUAUGUUCAAUUUUGAGCGAGGAUAUAUGGAUAAGAAAUCCAAAAUGCCUUUUAUUUUUGUGAAAGUGUGCUAUUAAAACUGUAAUAAUUAAUUUUUAUUUUUAUUGCCUUCUCUUUCUGUUCAUAAAUUGACUGAAGGUUGUCUUGCUUCCAAAAUUAAAUUGAACAAAAAUGAUUUGGAAGAAUACAGUUACAGAUGAUGAUUCUAAACAUGUGGAGAUCUGUGACUUCAUUCUGAAGAGUCAAGUGGAAAAACUGAUGCAGUGAACUUUUAGCGCAUGAAUUGUUUGUGUUUCAAUGGUGUGGCCUUAGUUUUUUUAAAUAUACUGGCAUUGAACAGUUGUUCUCUGGUUAAUACUUCAUUUGACAAUCUGCAAUAAAUGGAUUUUGUUAAACUUCA